AUGAACAAUGUGCUGGGCACAAUACUUGCCGUUGAUAUAAAGCCCAUCGAAAAAUCACCAUUUGCUUCACAAUGCACCUUCACUGGUAGCUCGCCAGAGCUUUGCGGAUUCAGCUACACCGUAUCGUGCAUCCGUGAUGAUAUCGAUACGAUUUACGAUGUGACCCUGGCCUUCAAGGACAACAAACGCCCUACUAUGGCACAGCUGCUAAAGGGCGAGGGCGGGGAGGUGCACGUCUAUCUUGAACGAUACGAUCCGAAGGACCUGCCUCGCACAGAACCGGAAUUGUUGGAGUGGCUCAAUGCGUCUUUCAAGAAGAAAGAUGCCCUGCUCGACUACCACGAGAAGCACGGUGUCUUUGAAGGUGUGGAGAAGAAAGUUGAAGUCACCACGACGCCUUUGUACAUCACCGGAUUCUGGUUUGCCUCCUUCAUGGUUGGCACUUCAGCCUACUUCUUAGAUGCUUUGGCCAACAGUGAGUGGUACAAGUUCAAAAUCGCUGGUGGUAUCACGGUGGCCUUGUUUGGGGCGCUAGCUGGGCUUCUCAGGUACUCCGAGGCAGACAAGACUAAGGUCGAAAAAGGUCAACUCAAGAAGAAGACAACCUAAUAACUUAUUUAAGUCAAGUGAUACUGGAUGGGGAUUGCAUAGUCUAGACGUGAACGUAGAUGAGAAAGCACGAUAACUAUGCUUUAUUGGUGGCUUGUGGUGUUCGCAAGCAAAUUAGUUAAUGAAUAGUACAUCUAUACAUCACAUACCAGGUUUUGUGUACGGAGUGAGAGAUGAAGGUGCCUAGCAUAGCAUAUGGCUCAUUCGAAUUUUGUAGGCAAUGAAAAACACGCGCGCGAGUAAGUAGACGAUAUGUAGGGAGUUCUGGUUGUAAUGUUCUGUACUGAGAAGAUGCCCGACUAUAGCAUAGCAACAAUGGGUCCCGCCGUGGUAUAGAUAACUUAGGAAAUAAAGAUAUUUGAUUGACGCAUUACAUCAAAAUAAAAAACCCGGAUAUUCAAGUCACA